GACGGUCACAGUGGGUCAGGAGCAGCCUUCUCAGUGCAGGCUCCCGUAAGCCCUGGCUCCUGCUAUGAUCGGGACGACGAAGUUUGCAACCACCGAUGCUUAGAGCCUUUGCAGAUAGCCAGGCAAAUGGGUUAUUUAUUUCUCUUCUUUCUAAAUCAGGUGGGCUCUUGGGGGAUAAGCAAGGGGUUGUAUGCUAGUUUCUUGAGUUUGCCUGGAGCCACCUUUGGAAAUCUGUCUGCUUUUAAACUAACUUAAUAUGCCUUAAUCAUUUGUAUACGAUCAGGUCACCCGCCCUCAUCCAGCCCUCCUCCCCUGGGCCUUUGGCUUUCUUUAAAGGAGAGUUUUAUACAGAAUGCAUCAAAAAUAAGAUGGAUAGAUAGGUGAUUUUUUAAAGUAUACUCUCUCUCUCUCUCACACACACACUCUCUCUCUCCUCCUCCAUCCCCCCCCCCCACACACCCCCUUUGCACAUCAGCAUUUUGAGAGCUGGUCUUUGGAUAAGUCCAUAUCUUUUUCCCCUCCAGUAGAUCCCCUUCUUCAUGGUCUCUUGCCUAAUGUAACAGAAGAAGCCUCUGGCCUGUAAAAUUACAUGGCGCGAGGCCUCAACAAUCAGUGUUGUGGAGAAUCUCUCAGUACCACCAGAGAAACUCCAGUGGAAGAGAAGCCUCGCUAAACUCCAGGGGAGUUUAGAAUGUUGGGGGCUUUGAGUGAUGCUUCCCUGCCGGCCUCAUGUUGUCUGGGAUUCGGGGAAAGGACGAUCGGAUGGGGAGGUUUUGCAGGGGACAAGCAAAGUCAUGUGCUUUCAGACACAUGUGUUUUCCCUUGUGCUUCCCAGGAAGAAGUGAGGCCAACUCUAGGUAUCGGAGUAGAGGUGAGCCUGAGGUCUUCAACCUUAGAGGCUGUGCAGGGGAUUUGGAAAAACCUUAGGCACGGUUUCCCUGAAGGAGACCUCAGCUGCUCCCACCUGGCGCUGACAGCUGCCUUGUCCAUUUACAUUUUUCAUCACGAUACCCCCAGACUGCCCCAGGAGCUAGGUGUCAUUACAAAGCUAAAAACCCACAGACAUGUCGUUGGAUCACCUCCAAAACAAAAAGCUUGCUUAAAGGUGACGUGGGCCUGCGUGGAAGACAGCAUCCCACCCAAGGAGAGGACUCUCAAGCCGGCCGCUCCGUCUCUCCUCCUCCAUCCCUGUGGUCCCUCCCACACAGCCCUGUCCCUCUAACACAGGAAGCUAGAUGAUGGUUGUUUUUGUGCAAACUAGCAUUUCAGGGUGAGGUCUGCAGGGAGGUGGGAGAAAAACUCUAUCCACCGGGAAUUGAGCCCCCUCCAAUUUAUGCCGUGGCGAGUCACUACAGUAAUGGAGAAUCCUUCUAUAACCUCCAACUGUGCCUUUCCUCCUCCAAGAUGUGAUAAAACAGGAAAGCAAAAAAGAAGCCCCAUGGCAUGGUGAUUCCAUGGGGUGGGAGGGAGCCACUUAAGGGAGAGCGGACCUGCCCCACAUCUGGAAGGGGGUCCACCUUGGGCCCCACCCCCUUAGGGAGUGAUGGAUCUGAGCCCUGUGCUGGGAAGCUGCCAGGAGUUACCCUGUUGGAAUUCUGGGCAAGUCGAGGGUCUGGAAACAUAGAACCGUGUAGAAAACCAGUAGGCAUGAAUGUGCUGAGUCUUGGUCUGUAUCUCCUUUGGCCCCCAUCACCCCUCUAGAGAUUUCUUUCUUUUGUCUAGGUUGGUUCCUGCAGGGAGGGUGCCAGAAAGCCAGGUUCCUGGAAAGUCAGCCUGAGAUUUUCCAGCAAGGUAACCUCUCAGCCACACCCUGUUGUCCUCCCAGAAUCUCCUUCAACAGACACCCUCACACCUGGCACCGCACCACCUCCUCCCGUGAAUCAGCCUGGCACUGUUUUAACAAUCUCCGGUGGCGUCACGCCUGCGAAAAAAAAAAAAAAAAAGUGAUGCCGUUGUCUAAAGAAUGAUCUCAUUCCACAUAGCCUUAUAGAUCCUGUAAAUACGGGGCUCAUAAAAGUCAUGUGUUGUGUUACUGAAGAUAUUUUGUACUGUGUCGUUUCCUAAAUCAUACCAACAUCCUACAAGUCCUGCACUUCCCAGGUGAUUACAAUCCUCAAAAUGCUUUGUAAGAUGGAGGGGGGAGUGGAAAUAUAUAUCUAUACGUACGCUAUGUAUUUUCCUAACCUUUCUUCUGGGUCCCUUCCUCGGAUAUUUGAGUCACGAUCGAAAGGGAACUCGAGUCCUGUGCGCAAGAAAGCUGAAGUAUCCUGCCAAUUGGUGUCCUUGCAGUUGCCUUAUGAAUUCACAGGCUCCAGGAGCUCUGAACAGAAGGUGGUCUACCGGCACUUUAUCCAGUCCCAGAAAUGAUCUCUAACCGUGUGACUGAGAAUUCAUCUAGAAAAACCUAUAUUUUUAACACCAAAACAAACGGGGCUUCCCGGACCUCACGGAGUAUUGGAUGUCUACCAGUGCUUUUCUAUUUUGUAACUGUAAAGAGGUUUCAUACGCACAGCAGAGCAGUUGCGAAUCUGGCCGACUGCCCUAAAACAAGAUGACCUUUGCAUGUACAAAGACGUUGCAUUCAGACUCGGAAAACGGCAAAUAAAGCUUUGACGCGAGCUGCACUGGAGACGUCAGCGUGUCGGUGUGUGAAUGAAUGGACUCCGCCAUGCAUGCAUGCCUGUCCCCAGCUGAGUCAGUCUCUCCGCCAUGCCGAGCUGGGGGCCAGACAGCGGGAUCGCGCAGCAGGGGUCCUGGGAAGGGGGGGCCAGUGGAGGCAAAGCAGGAUCUCCAUUCGACGACGUGGGGUUGGGUCCUCAUCCUGCCUCCUCCUGGCUGUGGGGUAUCUCUGAACCCCCACGGUUCUCCAGAAUGGGGGUGGUGACAGCGAUAAUAGUGGGCAAAAGUUAAAGGCAGUGGCUCUCAGCUGGGUGGUUUGUGUCCCCCGCACGACAUCUGGCAAUGACAGGAGACGCUGUUUUAGUUAUUACAGGGACGGGAGGGAGAUGCUACUGGCAUCUAGUGGGUGGAGGCCGGGGAUGCUGCUCAGCGUCGUACACUGUGCAGGACAGCCCUCACACCCCAUCGCACAGAACGAUCCGGCCCCAGAUGGCAAUGGGGCCAAGAUUGAGAACUCUAGGUUAAAGAAACGUGGGCCAGGAAAUCUGGGCACAUAGUAGGUCUUCAGGAUCCUAAAGGAACUGAUGGGGGUUGGGGAGUCAGGCCUGAUAGGCUGUCGCACCUCUGUCUUCCCCCUUAUAUCCCCAGCAGGUGGCGGCUGCAUCCCAGGUUAAGGGGUUGAGACCAGCUCUGCUUUCCAUGAGCGCCAGAAGAAAGCAGCCUCUUGGUUUGAACUGUCAACAGUAGGCAGGAUCCUCAGUGAUGAAAAGCUAGAAGGUAACGCUGUGCUGAGUGUUUUGCUUUCGUGAUCUCUCAGUGGCUCGAGGAGAGAGAGAAGCUUCUCCAUUUACACAUGAGGAGACUGUGAUUCUGACCUUCAUUCACUCACCCAAGGUCACACAAGUCCACCUGUUUCCAGAGCCCAGCUGUCACGCACAUCUCCAGGGAUGCAAGGAGGUUGGGUUUUAUGCUGACUUGAGAAUGUCGGCUAAAAACGAACAACAACCAAAGAAAAUCCUCCUGGCUAACAAUUUACCCCUUUGCCCUCAUUAUUUUAUUCAUUCAGCAAUCAUUAAAUACAGGUUCCCCUCCACUAUCCGAAAGUAGAGCGUUCCUCUGAAACCUUUCCUAAGCUGCAAUGGCAUAAAUUGAAGAAGCAAUUACCUGGGGACACAUCUUGCUGACAGAUGCACAGAGGAAAUGGAGAUAAAACACAGAUGCUCUCAGACACAGUUCAAAGCUCUGGCCGCCUGAUGCUGAGAUACUACGGAGCGUGGUUCCCACGGAAGGCACUUGGUUGCACCACUCGCUGCUUGGGGCUCACCUCGCCGCUGUCAUGACUCGUUAUAAAAUGAACACAACGUGAUUUUUGCUUUUCACCCUUUUUUUUGUAAAAGCAAAAAUUCUCUGGAUUUCUUUCCAUUAAAAAAACAGGUACUAAUGUAGGCCUUUCAUAAAAGCAAAGUAGCUUAAGGCAAACUUUUGAAAAGCCAGGAAAUUUUGUAGCUAUCACAGGCAAAAUUAUACUUUGUUAGGCACACACACAAAAUGCAUGGAUCUUUUUUUGGGGGGGUCAUAAAUAAAGAGACUAUCAUGAUCAUCUUUAUUUCUAUUUAGCCUAAGAGCUGGGCCCUGGAGGACGCCAACCCCUUCUCCUCGUCUCUGCUGUGUGACCCUGGGUGAGUGACUCCACAUCUCUGAACUGUUUCCCCCUCUAUAAAGUGGAGAUCAUAAUUCCUCCCCUAAAGAGGGCUGCGUGAGGAUUGAACAUACUGCUCAUGGAGCUGGCCCGGUGCCGUGCACAUAGUAGGUCUUCAACAAAUGGUCACUGUUAUUCGUCAAUGGAUAACGAAAUGUAUAACGAAAAUGAAUCUUUGUAUAACAAAUCUUCUGUGUAACGAAAAUGAAUCUUUGUUGGGUCUGUUACCACAUCUUGUGGAAAUGUUUGGAUGGAUUUACACCCAACUUAGAGGGUAUGUUCAGGGUGAUCUGACUUAAAAUUCAGGCCACAUGGCACGUGGGAAAAUUGAGAGAUUCUGGGACCCCUCACUUUAAGAACUGGAGCCAUUCCAAGGAUGUCAUGCACCCCAAUAGGAAGAUGGUGGAGCUGAGAAACCAAAGGAAGGAAGUUGAGGACACUGAGAUCUUUACACCCCGAUGCCCCCUGCCUGGUGCUGCCGGGCUUCCCACAAAGCUGAUGCGGUCCGUCUGCCCCCAGGAAGUCAUCAGAGGCCACGGAUGAGGACACAGAGGCAUGGGGGCCUCCCUGGGCCUGCUAUUGGGGUGAAGUGGCCCGCACAGAAUCAGGUGGACAGGGCGCUGCCUCAGCAAGCCAGGAUGUGCUGGGCUGUCAGAAAACACCCAUAAAUAGGACGGUCCCUGCAGAAGCGGACUGAGUCUGCAGACGGCAUCGGCCCCUCUGUUCUUCUCAAGGCGACUGCAACAGGUUCAUUCUGGGUAUGUGGGGAGAGAGAGAGACAGGCCCAGACCUUGGUGGUCUCCGGGGGGCAUGCACAGCUGGCCCCCUGCACCAACCAGGGAUCCACGUGAGGGCUGGAGCCGAGAGGGAGGACGCAGGACAGCCACCAAGCCAGCUGGUGUCUGAGGGCGUGGGCAGGGUCGAGCCCUCGGCUGUGAGCUUAGGGCAGGGGCCCACAAAGACUGAGCACCGCUGAGGAAGGGGAGUGGGCAAACUGGGGGGCUGCCACAUCUGCUGAGAAUCCUCUGUGAGCUGGACCUCCCAUGAGCUGGACCAGGCCCUGUUUCCUGCUGAGGCUGGACACAGGCAGACAGACAGCCCGCAGGCUACGCCUCCCUGGGCCUGUGUCCUGAGUAUAUGGGCCACGCAGCUCAUCUACUUCCAGGAACGUGGGGUGUGGCUGAGGUGCCUUCUGGGCCACUGUGGACGUCUGAAAUGGGCAUGUGUGUGUGCAAGAGAGAGAGAGGGGCUGUGUUUGUGCAACAGGUGGGGAGUGACCGUGUACAAUGACCACGGGAGCUUGUGUGUGUGCGUGUGUGUGCGUGUGCGUGUGCACCUGUGCACGUGCUGAUGAGCAGGAGAACAGUCCUGUGUGUCUGUGUGUGCAGAAUCAAAAGAAUCCUUCCACGCGACUGAUGCAGUCCCAGUGGUGUGUGUCACAGUCCCUAGGGAUGAAGGGGAGCCGUCUGUCUGUCUGUUUGUGUCUGUGUCUCUUUAAGUGGCUGGAGCAAAGUAAGUGCUCCAUAAAUGCGUAUGAAAUGAAUAAGUGAAUGCAGAGAAACUGGACUGGAGCCGGUGUGCCAGGACCUGGUCCGGCAUCAUGCUUUCUCUAGAUGUCUGUCUGUCUGUCCAUCUCCCACCAGUCUGUGGUCUCUUCCUCUCCAUCACCCAGCACAGGGUCAGGCACCAACUGGGUUCUCACGGAACCUCUGGCAAGUGAAGGAGUCAGUGAACAAAAGACUAUACUGCUUUGGGGUGCAGAGGCGGGAGAGAUUCCUGUAGAGGAAACCCCGGCAACGCCCACCCUCUGAGCAGGGUCUGGAGGUGCUGUGUCCGCACAGAGCUCCGGGCGUGGGGGAAGGGCACGCGCUUUGGAGCCCAGUCCCAGCCCCACCUGACUGGGCCUCGGGAUUGCGCUCUGUAAAAUGGGGAUCCUGAUCCCCCUGACUGUCCCGGUCCCUGUGGUCCAUGGUAGAUACUAAGGGGGUGUUUGCUGAAUGACUGAAUGACCCCAGGUAGGUUGUGAGCAAUGACCACAUCUCAGAGGCAGUCAAGUUCCGUAGCUCAGCCUCGACUCCAAUCACGUCAACACCUGGUUUUGCCCGGGUGCACCUGGUGACUCUUUUGCCUUUGACGGAAGCCACAGGUGUUCCUGGGGCGAUGGCGGAGCAACACAGCGCGCCGGAGCAGGCUGCCGCCGGCAAGAGCCACGGAGGCCUCGGGGGCGGCUACAAGGUACCGGGCAGGGACGGGGUCCCGGGGGCUCUGGGCCCGGGGCUGCUCUUGGUCCUCGGGGUCAGCCUCCUGGCCGGGCAGCCUCUCUCCAGAAAGGAGCCACAGCCCUUCCGGCCAGCUUGGACCACGAGGACAUCUCCCCGGCCUGCGAUAAAUUCACUUCAUGGCUCUGCCCCGUCUUUCCUCUUCUGUGUCCUUGUCUGCAAAAUGGAACUGGUCACGCGCACCCUGCCAGUCUCAAUGCGGGUUUCGGGAGACACGGCACUGACUCUCCUGCCUGACCUUGGUCCAAUCCCCGGUCCUCUCUGGGCCUCAACAGCCCCAUCUUUAAAAUGGGGAUGGUACCCACACUUCUCAGUGUGAGAGCUCAAUGCAUGUGCCAUUACCAUGGCCAGCUAACGGAGGAAUCUGAGAGCUGGGAUUUGUUGGCUCUGUCUUUUUUUUUUUUUUUUUUUUUUUUUUUUUAGUUUUUGGCCGUGCUGCGUGGCAUGUGGGAUCUUAGUUCCUUGACCAGGGAUCGAACCCGCGCCCCCUGCAUUGGAAGCGCGGAGUCUUAACCACUGGACCGCCAGGGAAGUCCCGGCUCUGUCCUUUCUAAGCUAUCCCGGGGGCUUUGAGAUGGGGUCCAGGAAUGGAUUGACUAAGGAGAUAACUGGGGGCUUUAACCAGAAAGGUGCACACCGGGAGGGGAAGAGCAGCAAAGAGGCCUGCCUGGCUCUGGGCUUGAGUCGUGGGUGAAUCAGCCUUUGCCCUGUGGACUCCCAGCUUCCCCGUGGGGAGGGCUGCCCAGAGGCAGCCGCCCACCGGAGAAGAGCGUAUCACUGCCGGCCCUCCCUGGCUCCUUUUGACAUUUGGCUUUCCCCUGACCACGCCAGUGCUCCGGAGAAAAGAGCCAGCUGUCUUAUUGAAUCCAUGCCUCCACGUAACUUGCUGUGCAGCCCAGGAGGCUUUCUGAGCCGCCCUUGACCCUUGUAUAAAGGGACCAGAGCCAAUGUUCCCCAGGGACCUGCUACAAAGACAGUUUGUGCUUCUAGGCGGGUGAAAGAGGCAAAAACUUCCUCUGCCUUUGCAACCACUUUCUCUGGGGUGUAGGGACAGGUGAAGUUCAACUGUUGCAAACUGGAGUUUUAUUUGUCCUGCACAAGACUUUUUAAAUGGAGAAAUUUCACAUUAAGGAAAUUACAGAUUUCUGGCUUCUCUCGAAAAGCUUAGAAGGGGGCCCACAGUCCCUCCUAACCACAGCGGCUUCAUUUCCCUACAGUUAUUCCUCUGGUUAUUUUGGUCAUUUUGCUUUACUUGAUUUUGCACUGCCUCCGGCCAGAUACCAGAAUUGCAAUCCCUGGAUUAAUGGGGGUUCCUGGAGGUGUUCCCCUCCAUGGCCACCAGGGGGCAGGGCAGCCCUGUGGCGGCGCUGGCUUCAGGCCUGUACGAGCGGAUGGCAGUACCUCCCUCCAAGGCCCUAAAGAGGACCUGGCAGGACACAGGCUGGGGCUGGGAACCCUGCCCCGGUGGGAUGCUCAGGAAGCUGCCCUUCCAGGUGAUCGUGUACGAAAUGGAAAACUUCCAGGGCAAGCGGUGCGAGCUCUCGGCUGAGUGCCCCAACCUGACAGAAAGCCUGCUGGAGAAGGUGGGCUCCAUCCAAGUGGAGUCGGGGCCGUGGCUGGCAUUUGAGCGCAGGGCCUUCCGCGGGGAGCAGUAUGUCCUGGAGAAGGGAGAUUACCCUCGCUGGGACGCGUGGUCCAACAGCCACCGCGGUGACAGCCUCCUGUCCCUCCGGCCUCUGCAAAUUGACGGUCCAGAUCACAAGCUGCAUCUCUUUGAGAACCCGGCUUUCGGCGGCCGCAAGAUGGAGAUAGUGGAUGAUGACGUGCCCAGCCUCUGGGCUCACGGCUUCCAGGACCGUGUGGCGAGCGUCCGGGCCAUCAACGGGACGUGGGUUGGCUACGAGUUCCCCGGCUACCGCGGCCGCCAGUACGUGUUUGAGCGGGGCGAGUACCGCCACUGGAACGAGUGGGACGCCAGCCAGCCGCAGCUGCAGUCCGUGCGCCGCAUCCGCGACCAGAAGUGGCACAAGCGCGGCUGCUUCCUCAGCAGCUGAAGGGCGCCCAGGCCCCAGUGGCCCAGGCCCGCCCUGGGGGGCAGCAAGGGCAAGAAGAGGCGGCUCCAGGGCCGGGGUGAGGGCCUGUCUGGCCGCCCUUCCCCAGAAUCUGCUCAAUAAAGCCUGGGGCCGGUCCCCCACCUGCCAUGUUGCUCCAUGUCCCUUUCUGAGGGGGCUGGGCCCCAGGUGGAGCCCAGGGGAGGGGCAGGAGGAAGGAGGCUGGGCCUUGAGGGUUCCGAGAGCCCCAAGGGACGGCUGUGAGCUCUGCUCCCUCUCGAAGCUCUGGUCCUUAUCGGGCAGAACCACACGCGCAUCCGGCCCUGAUUUUGUGUCUGUCUGCCUGUGUCUCCAUCUGUCAGUCCGUUCAUCCAUCCAUCCUUCCAGCCUUCCUUCCAUAUUUCUGUGUUUUCUUCUGUCCAUUGAUUUAUCCAUCCCUCCUUCUACCCACCCAUCUUUCUACCCAUUCUUUCAAUUCUUCCUCCUAUCCUCCCAUUAACCCAUCCAUCCCUCCCUCCCUCCCUCCAUCCAUCCCUCCC